CCAAUUGAAUGCUUAGGUUGUUGCGAGGUGAGGCAAACCGUUAAAACGUAGAAAGAUAUUCAGAAGUAUCUUGUACUCAAGACUCAUACUACCGAACCACUGAUUCAUAGGUAGAAGACAAAUAGCCACCGUCUGACUCUACAUCGACACACAGUAGGCUACUGUUGAUCGAUUGGCUGUUACAGAAUGUCUUAUAUUAAGCGGAAGUGGUUUAUCACACCAGGUUUUGUCAUCAAUAUCUGCUUAUUUUCGCAUCUUUUCAGCUAUGUUGAGUCCUGCUCAUUCCAACGAUCCCUUCAAGUAUCAGUACCCCAUACUAUAGCUGCUGGAUAUGUCCUUUCUAAAGUUGACAUGGACCGCUGCAAAACGUUUGAUAUCAGUUCGAGUGACCCAGACUUCACAGUUCAAGCAGACGGCACCAUCAUAACAUCACACAAAGCCACAGUGCCAGCCAAUGGGAGGAUAUUCUCUCUACGUUACCCAGACCCUAGUGGUCAGAUGGCUGUGAUGGAUGUCUAUCUCGUCCGUAGUACAAAUGAGGUAGAAAACGAUGGGGUUCUGAGGCGUUCCAAGAGAAGAUGGAGCCCAAUACCCUUUAACAUCAUAGAAAAUGAUGUGCAACCAUUUCCAAAAGAUGUAGAUCUGGUUGGAUCUGACUCCGCGGCUAUGUACAGUGUGUACUACACUAUCAGUGGGCCGGGAGUUGACGAGCACCCCAGGGGAUUGUUCAGUGUCGACAGGAACUCAGGGUUGCUGAGGGUGCAUCAGCCUGUGGAUCGGGAGGAGUUUCCAAAGUUCACAUUCCAAGCCAAUGUAUUCGACAGACUGACCAACGUGCAAACAGACCUGCCUUUGCCAAUCACAGUGAACGUAGAUGACGUGAACGACAACAAGCCAACUUUCACCGGCUCACUGCAGUUCUCUGUACUAGAGCAAAGCAAGCCAGGUGUGGUGGUGGGGCAGAUUACGGCCACGGACAGAGACCAGGAGGGUUCGGACCACACCAAGAUCCGCUACUCCCUCAAAUCCGCCAAUGACCUGUUCUCCAUCAACCCAGAGACCGGCGUCAUCAGCACCGUCUCCUCCGAUCUGAACAGGGAGGUGAAAGACACUCAUCUGGCCAUAGUUGAAAUCCGGGACAUGGGCGGAGCACCAAACGGCCUGUUCAGUACCGGCACUGCCACCAUCACUUUGGGGGAUGUGAACAACAAUCCGCCCACUUUCACCAAGUCAUCGUACACUUUGGACGUCAUGGAGAACCUGGAACAACGUCUCCUCCUCCGCAUCCCUGUCGAGGACAAGGACCUGGUGAACACACCCAACUGGAACUCUGAGUUUGUCAUCACUAAGGGCAAUGAAAACGGUAACUUCAAGAUCGAAAGAGACCCGAAAACGAACGAAGGCCUUCUUUACCUGACCAAGCCUUUAGACUAUGAAGCAGCCAAGAACUUAAAGCUGGAGGUGAUGGCAAAGAACCAGGCUGAUCUGACUGGCACCACGGAAUCCUGGCUCUCCAUCCCUGUGGACGUCAACGUGGGGAACGAGGACGAGGGGCCGGAGUUCAGCGCUCCCACCAUGCGCAUCAGCGUCAAGGAGAACACAUCUAAUGGAACCCUCCUGGGGACCUACGCCGCCAGCGACCCCGAGACCAAGAGCAGUGCUGGCAUCAAGUACUAUAAGGUUGUCGACCCAGGGUCCUGGAUCAGUGUGGAUGAAAACAGUGGUCAGCUGAAGGUGGCCAACACUAUAGACAGGGAGUCCAACUACGUUCAAGGUGGCUUGUACAAUGUCACCAUGAAGGCUGUGGAUGCCAGUGGCAAGACCGGCUCGGGGAUGGUGAUUCUCGAGGUGGUGGACAUGAACGACCACACCCCUGAGCUGCCUUCCGCCCAGAUGGUUGUGUGCGAGAAGAGCGGUGAGCUGGGCUCUACGCUGGCGGUGGCCGAGGAUAAAGACGGACCUCCCUACUCCUCCCCCUUCAGCUUCCAGCUGGGGGCCAAGAAUGACGGGAAAUGGGCUGUGAAGAGGUUUAAUGAUACUGCUGCCACACUGGUUCAGACCAGGGAGCUCUCUACAGGCAUCUACGAAGUCCCCCUGGUGGUGAAAGACCUGCAGGGCAUGGGAGAGGAGCAGACGGUCACCAUCCGGGUGUGUCGCUGCAGGAGCGGAGCCUGCGUGGCCCAGCAGAAAUCCACCACCCUGGGAGGAUGGGCCAUCCUGGCCAUGCUGCUACCUCUGGCCCUCCUCACCCUGCUUUGUGUGGUGCUGGCAUUAGUCUGUGUGACUAAAGAUGAGAACAAACAGAUGGAUGAUAUGGGCAACAGUGGCGGGGUCCUCCUCAAGUCUAACACGGAGGCCCCGGGGGACCAGCUGGAUUCCAAUCUCAUUAUUGUUCCUGCGUCUGCGACUGCUGACAGUAAAGGUUCCAUGGCCGACGCGGGAUUCAGAGACAGCAAAAUCUCGCUAGCAAAGGGAGGGGUUCUGAACGCCCAACAGAACUUGCUCCACCAGUCCAGUGGCCUUUUGUUCAACGAUUCGCACAACAGCUUCUCUCCUAGUCAGUACAAUGGUGGAGGCCAAUAUGGAGGAGGACAGUUUUUCGCUGGUGAUAAUCUCGCUAUGGAUAACACUGGUUGCUUCCACCAGUUGACAGACUCUGCUGCAAACCACACCUGGCAAACCAACGGACGCUUAUUACAAAAGAAGCUGACGUACCUAGGGACCAUGGAAGAGGAGCGCUACGCGGAUGACAUCCUGCAUGCGUAUGGCUUUGAGGGAGUGGGCUCACAGGCCGGCUCUGUGGGUUGCUGCAGUGACCAGGGUAACCAAGACAACCUGGACUUUCUCAACACUCUGGGGCCUAAGUUCCAGACCUUGGCAGAGGCCUGCACCAAGAAAUGAACAAUGAGCACUGAGUGAUACUUGAAUUACAGCCGUGAAUGACCCCGCAAUGUCAGAGGUCAUUGUGGGGUCAUCACACUGAACUGCUAUGGAUGCUCGUUGUAGUCGUAUUGGAUUUGCACUGGAUUUUAUGUUUGGGAUACUUGCGUAUUCUGUGGCAAAGGGUUGGUUGGUAUUUUAUAGCUUUUUGGCCUUUUUGCUAACCUUUUUAGUAGUGUUAUAAGAGUAAAUUGGUGUGUGGUAUUUAAGAAUAGGUUUCUCCCAUGUUUUAAUAAGAUGAAGUUUGGGCACAUUUGUAAUGUAUUAGAAUGGUUGUCACAUUACUGGUUUAUUGAGGGUUUAGAAAGCAAAAUGUGCCAAGCCAUUUAGACAAGAAGACUGUAAGUGCACAAUUGAUAGUCUACUGUUAUUUGUAUUAUCAUGGCCAUAAUCUCACACACACACACAAGAUGGUGUUUUGCUGCCUCCACCACCCCACCCUUUACCUUGUGGUUCUGUUGUACUCUGUCAGGUGGAGGGCUGGAUGUUAUACAGCUCUCUGUCAUUGUUUUAGCAUGGGUACUGUAAAACUUCUGCAAGUAGAGCACUUUUUGAAGCAGAACCAUACCAAUGAAGAUGAAUACCUGAAAAGAAGUGUUCAAUUAAUACUUCAGUCAGCAGACUGCCCUUCUGCAACAGUUUUAAUUGUGAUAAUAUGUGGAAUAUGAUCACCCAACUAUAUAUUUUUAUCUAUAGUACAUGUACAGUAUUUCUAUUGAUGGUUUUGAGCUGUUUGACAGAAAAUAAAUUGUUUUGUGUUCCCUU